GCAAGAGCUCUGUCGGGGCGGUGUGAAUAUGCCUCGUCAACUUUUGUCUAUAUCCUCAAUAUGAACCUUGGAACUAGGAGCCGCAUUCGACGCUACAUUUAUUCCUUCAAGUUCCAGCAAUGUCUUCGUCAUCAACAAUCAAAACGAUGCCGUCAACUAGUGAGAGCAUGCAGGACGCUCUGCUCUACAAAAUACAUCACAUAUUUCUCCCACCGGAAUUGCCACAGCAAAAUGACGCUAAUGAUUCCCAUGAAUGGUGUCUUGCGGAAACGGUUUAUUUCUGCUUGCGACAUUUUCGAUACCAGCUGCAGCCAGACGCGCGGAUCGGUGUCGGCCGUUGUAUUCGAAUGAUAGAUCGCAUGAUUCGCCUUCGAGACGGAGGUGGAUUUAUAGACGCUAAGCUCCUAGAAGAGCAGAUUAAAUCCCUGGAGGAUGCCGAGACUCUCGCCGUGCACAUCAGAUGUCAAAACGCUGGCCUCCUUAUCACGAGCGACGGCCCCGAACUUCGAUUCGAGUCUUUUGAGCUGCUCGCACCCGACCAGGACGUAGUCAAUGCCAUCGGGCGAAUCAAGCGCCAGUUCCCUGGAACUGCUACCUCGAUCGACCGGAGCCUCGCGGACGACUCCAGGUUUAGACAAGUGCUGGCAAAAACUAUAAUGCAACUGGACCAAACGGCUGACGUGGAGAUGGAUUCAAUUGUCGAAGCCGAUAACUCCUUCGCGAUUCCUCCAGGGCCUUGCGUCGGACCCGAUACUCCUAGUCCACGGCUCGUCUCAGGCAUGCUGAUGGCUGUGCUUCGUGGACUUGGACGCGGCAAGAAUGACGUUCCCGGCAUUUCCAAACGCAGUCGCGAAGAAGUCCUUCUCCAAAAGGGCACCUCACCCUGGCGUAGAUCCCCGCUAUGGCUCAUGAUCCGUGUGUCUCUACAGCUGAUCCUUGAGCCAGUGCGCCUUGAUCCCCAUCGACGAGCCGACACAACCCGCAACCUGAAAUCGCUGUACAAGGAUUUUAUGGUAUACUUGAUGAGCUACGUUUUAUACGAAUCCCUUCCAGUAGGGCUGUCCCACGAUGUCCUCUUCGUCAUGACAACAAAGAUAUCUCGUCGCCUGCUCAAGCUCGGUUCGACUGAAGAGAAGCCUGGCUUCCCGCGUGAGAGUCCUGCAUUUCCACUUGCACAAGAAGUUCUGCGAGACGCAAAGACUUUCCUUAAUGAUGCAUGGAAAGACGUCCAGGAGAAGGCCGCAAUCCCUCUUGAUAUGUCCCCCCUUGCCACUCUCGAUUUCGAGAGAGACACUAUAUUCCAGCUUCCCUCUUUGCGCAAAUAUGUGGAAGGCAUCUUAAAACGAGCUAGUGACGGCGACGAGGCCAAGACAAAGGAUCGUCCAGGUCACCCGUUUAGGCGAAACGAGGAACGAAAAUACUUUCCUAGAACCGAUUUCGCAGGCGAUAAAGAGUUCCAGACAUUUGAACUGAUAGAGUUUGAGCGAUCAGUCGAAGAAUUCUUGGGCGGGUAUGGUCGCCUAGGCACUGGCCAAGGUCAACUGGUACACAUUAAUUCAGCCUCUCCAGAUGUCAAUAAAUAUGACACUUCACUGCCCGGGCUAGGUCAGGAGACGCCUGCCGAAAAUAGAAUUUUGCCCGAGGAGCCUAGUCUGUGGUACCAUCGGGCACUUCUACCUAAUGAAAUUCGACUCCUCCGGUUCUCUGAAACUAGCCUUAGCGAUUCACUAGAUUGCAGCCUCGAAUAUUUCCUGUUGGAUAAGACACCAAAGUUUCGAGUUCUUUCAUAUGGGGGAGACAUCACGAACGGUAAAGCGUGGCUCAAGCUUAACAGUCAUUCACUCCCGAUUACCAGAGGCCUCUACAGUGGACUACGUCAAAUCUGUACCAGGUAUGGCGAGGACGAAGAUUUCUAUCUCUGGACAAAUGUUAUCUGCAUCAAUCACUCCGACUUAAACGAAAAAUCUCAGGAAGUGAUGAAGAUGCGAGCUAUCUAUUCCUCCGCAAUGGAGGUGCUUGUUUGGGCAGUCAACGGCGAUCCUAGUGAAACUGAUAUGGACGAGUUGACGGAUUUCGUGUUCGAGACUGCAUCAAGCUUGACAGAAAACGACGUUGAAGAGGACGGCGACUUCUCGUCCAAUUGGUCUGACAGCUUUAAGCGGUCACUGAAAACAAAACAAUUCACUCGCCAAGAGUUCGAGCUGUGCAUAGUUCAGUUGGCAAACAACCCUUGGUUCUCCCAGGUCUGGGCCGUUCAAGAGGUGGCUCUGUCAACACAGUCAGUAGUUUUGAUGGCCGGACCGUGCGUGGUUGAGCUGGACAAGUUCACGAAAUUAAUGAGUGCCUGGAAAGCUUCUAGUGAAUGGAAGUCACCUACACUCGAUACCGCACUCGACAGACCGUUGGAGCUGAUGAGAAUCCGACAAUCUCGCAAGUAUCUCCCAGCCAAGAUCGAAGAGGAGCUACUUGUUGAGGACCUGAAGAGCUUCGUUGCGAAAUUGCAACAAUCGCUAAAAGAUACUGCCAGUUUCACAAGCAGCUUGGCACAAGACAAGAUAUACGGCCUGUUGGGCCUCAUUAAUGUCUCGUUACUUCCAGAGCAUUUGGUACCCGACUACAGACUGGAUUUUGCCGACGUCUUCCGGCAAUAUGCUCGUUUAAUAUACGAGCAGAGCCCACAAGUUACUCUGCUGCAACGCUUCGAAGCUCCUGGUGUAGUGGGCGUGCCAUCCUGGGUCCCGGAUUUCCGCUGCCUGACCUUCCCAGACGAGUCAGAUCCAGAACCGUCAACGUCGGCAUCGCUCAAGUUUUCCGACGAUGGACUGAAAAUAGUUGCCUUAGGAGCUCUCGUAGCCAAAGUGGCAGCCGUAUUUCCGCGACGACGCUUCACAGUCAGUGUGUAUGGUCGGGGAGUUCCGUUCCCGGUAUCAAGGGCAAUUCUGACGACGCGGUCGAACCGCCAGAAGGAAGUUCUGGACAGGGAAUGUGGCGUUAAUUGGAAAAAUAAAUUGUCAUCCAAAAGUCCUUCGGGUGUUCUACCUAGGCUGUCGAGCGAUCACCAGGCUGCCAACAGCCUUGUCGACCAGAUGACAAGACGAUCGGACAUGAGUCAGGAUUACUUCCUCACAUUCAACGGGUGUGUUGGGAUUUGUAGCGGUGUCCUCGAGGGAGAUAGCGUGGCGGUCCUGAUGGGGUCUAAUCGGCCCAUUAUCCUUCGGCAUCAGCAACGGGCCGAGGCUGGUACCAGUUCUGAUAUGGAGUGCAUUGGAAGUUGUGCACUCUCAGGGAAGUUUGGAAUACCUACUACUUACAGUAAAAGUUUCUUCUCUAAAUUUCAGAAGACUAAGUUCUUAAUUAUAUAGAUAUAGCAAGGUUAUAAAUAGCUAUAAAGAUAAAAGGAAGCUAUAGCCUUAUAUAAUACCUAUUAUAUAUUUCUUAAUAUUUACUAAUUAUAGUAGUAUAAUAUUAAGAUUAAGGAUCUAUGUAACGAUAGGUAACUUACUACACAAGGGGGAUAAGCUACUAUUGUACUGAACUCCUACAUAUGAAAUCUGGCAAUCUUAUAUAUCCGUCCUUCCUAGUCCUUUGAUCAAGC